AAAGGGAAAGGAAAAUGACGGAGUGAAACUGAAAUCUGAUCCCAGUCCUCAGUAGCGGUGUCGUCAUCUUCAGUAGGGUCAUGCCCACCCUGAAACAUCCGCGCAGUCCCAAAUCUCCAGAAAUGCUCGAGCGCGCCCUCUCUACGCGACUCCGCGGUCCGUCUCCUCACUCCGAUGACACCGAUAUUGAAGCUGCCGAAGAGAACGCUGCCGUCGAUGAAUCCAAGACCAAGAGGCAACAUAUCUCGCUCUUGGCCUCCAAUUACCUGUCCCGCGUCGGCCACCUUUGGCCUGGUCCCUGUCUCGUCCUCUGCCUUCUAGUCCUUCUUCUCUUAAUCACUUCGUUGCACUUUCAGUCUCGCGGUCUCGUCUGUUCGUCCUCGUACGACAGGUCUCGCGUUGGGUUUUUUGGGCUCGAUGGGCUCGAUUCGGACUUCGGAGUGCUUGGAGUGCCCUGGUGCAGAUCGAAACAUGGAAAAACAGUUGAAUGGACAUCAAAAGAUUUGCAGAAGGGUUUGGAGGAGUUUGUCCCAAUUUAUGAAACACGGCCAAUAAAAAAUAACCUGUAUGGGAUGGGUUUUGAUCACAGCUUUGGGCUUUGGUUUAUUGCUCGAUGGCUGAAGCCUGAUCUGAUGAUUGAGAGUGGUGCAUUCAAAGGGCAUUCGACUUGGGUCUUGCGGCAGGCUAUGCCAGACAAACCAAUUAUAUCCCUUUCACCUCGGCAUCCUGAGAAAUAUUUGAAGAAGGGACCUGCUUAUGUUGAUGGAAAUUGUACAUACUUUGCUGGAAAGAAUUUUCUUGAUUUUCGGAGUGUUGAUUGGAAGAGUGUGAUGAAGAAACAUGGCAUUACUGAUCUUAGUCGAGUUCUUAUUUUCUUUGAUGACCAUCAGAACGAAUUGAAAAGAAUUAAACAAGCAUUGAAGGCUGGGUUUCGGCAUCUUGUUUUUGAGGAUAACUAUGAUACUGGAACUGGGGAUCACUAUUCCUUGAGGCAGAUAUGUGAUCAAUUAUAUAUAAGAGGAGGUGGACAUAGCUGCUUUAAAGAUAGUGAUGAAGCCAGAAUCAGAUCGAAAAGGAAGAAAUUUUGGGAGAAGGCGGUGGAUAUAGAUGAACUGUGUGGACCAGGUGAAGCGUGGUGGGGUGUUAGAGGGUAUAUGAGGGACGACUUUAACCAUAGCAAUCAGCCAAUUUCCUAUGCGGAACAUUUCCAGAACAGUCGGUUCCUUGAAUCAAUACUUGAUGUUUAUUGGGAGCUUCCUCCAGUUGCUGGUCCUUCUCUCACUCAUCAGACACGUUACGAUCCUGCUCGUGCUUUUACUCCGAUUGUUGAAGAUGGCUGGUAUGGCCUAUUCCAGAAGCUUGGUCUAGGCAGGCUUGAUCGUUCAGUUUUUAAUGGAUAUACACAGAUGGUAUAUCUUCAAAUUUCUGAAGAACAAUAGCUUUAAAAGGACCCUGAAUAGAUGAGAGUAGACUGACUUGCUUUCCAAUCAACUGAAACUUGAAAUUUUGUUAAUAUUACUGCCUUUGCCAUAGCUGUUCUGGUUGAUAGUCUGUGGAUGAUUAAUUUUGUUAAUUUUAUUAAUUUGCUUGAUUGAACAUGUAAAUGUCCAGACAGCUGGAAAUCCCUUUGGUUGGUUAACAGUAGGGUUUCCUCUGGAGCAUGAAUUUCUCGAAUUUUGGAAA